AUGUCUGUUUCUGCUCUUUCGCGGGACACUGCCUUCCAGGCACGGUCUCUGUUCCGGUCUUUGCUUCGCCAAUCUUCCCAGUUCUCGAACUACAAUUUCCGCGAAUACGCCAUGCGGAGGACGAAGGACGCUUUCCGGGCACAUCAGCAUGAGAGUGAGGAACGAAGGGUACAGGAAUUGAUCCAGGAAGGUCUGCAAAGUCUGCGAAUGAUGAAGAGACAAACCGUUAUCAGCCAAUUCUACCAGAUGGAUAGGUUGGUCGUUGAGGGUCAGAAGACGGGGAAGGAAACUGGACAAGAAGGCGGCAUUGUCCGUCAGAAGGACACCGGUUGGGACUGA